AUGGCGCAGGAGUUAUACCAACAAGUAGUCGAUCGAAAUGUACCGCAACUGGUCAAGUUGUUGCUCGGCUCGGUGCAGGAGGACGAGGCGUUCAAGGCCUGCCGUCAGUUUUCGCUUGCCACGUUGCGCCACCACAGCUAUAAGCCAACUAAUGCUCGGAGUGUGUUCCGCAGUCUGAAUCAUUUCCUGGAGCGCUUCACCAUGGAGCGGUUAGCCGAGUUUGGUGAGACGUUCCAGUUGCUCGUCAAUAUGGUGGUCAAGCACUCGACAGAUUUGCAGACUGCUAAUGUGGAUCUUAAGUGGUCGUUGAUUGAUUUCAUGCUGUGUGCAAACUAUGAGGCAUUCAAGCAUGUCCGCCUCAAUAGACGCGAUAUGGAAGUAAAGCGCUUGGCGCUCAUCAAGGCGAUUGAAGCCGGGAAUGAAAAGCAGGACACAGUUGUAGGAAGUUCAGAGGAUGACGUGACUUUUGACGUGAUAAUGAAUCCGAUACAACAAAUGGACAAGGAUAGCGCGAGCUUAACCUCUACAUCUGAGACGGAAUUGGAGGACGAAUGGGAAGUGAGAACACCGACUCGGCAGAGCUGUGAUCUUUUUUCGGUAAGCUCAUCAAUAGAUGGGGACACCAGCCAGGUGAGCACUUUGUCAAUGACACAAGCUGAGGAGGCAGCGGAUAAACAAUCACCUUCAGCUGCAGACAAUGAAGUUGUGCUAACUGAAACGUUUGUCACACCGGAAGCCGAGUUGACUUUCAGCCUAAAUGUGGUCCAACUGAGUCCAGCGGCCAUAAAGCCUAGCCAGGUGAACUACUACAGAGGAGCACACGAACUGCUCACCCAGAUGCACACCCAAGGCUGGACCGCUGAGAUACACAUCCAUCCAAACCUCUCACAUGCUCACACGUCACACAGUUUUGCAGCCUCCUAUGCGGAUUACAUGCAGCACCAGCUCCACAACAAUUCGUGCCCUGUGCCGCAGCUGACGCCCGAGUGCUGCUUACUCCGAGAGGUUAUCAUAAUGUUCUUCCAUCCACGUGACUGUAUCUAUUUCCAGCUAUUGAAUCAACGCAUUGAGGCGCGCAGCAGUGUGACAACGACCUGCACCUUCGACCUAGCGGUCGGGAAUCUUUUGGAAACAGAAAUUCUACCUCCGCUUCGGGAGGUGCAAAUGCUGCGCAAAUUUAUUAACUACUAUACAUCGAAGUCCGUUGGCUUGGAUCACAUAAGAACGCUAUUCUGGAUGGGCGAGUCCCUGUGGUGGCUUAUAAAGCCCAUUACAGAGGCGUUCCUAUAUUUUGAUCGCCGCCUUUCUUUGGGAAUGGAAACGGCGUCCUUGUCGAUCUUUUUGAAGCAUAUGCGAACACCUUUGCAGCGCAUUCGACUUUUGUCGCAACUGACUAGCCAGAGCUAUCUGUGGUUCUUCAAUCACUUACACCCGUUGGCCCAUGUAAGAAGUCUCUACACGCUGUCUAACUUGAUGGGCCUGGCCACGGUGUUUUCAGGUGUUGAGCGAGCCCAUGCCAUAGUUCUGCUGCUUCAAACUCUGAGGGCCUAUUGUGAUUUCCUGGACAGCUGGUGGAGGAGUGGCGACUUCAAUGAUUCGCACGGUGAAUUUCCAGCCUUGCGUCUCAAGGUGGACCAUCGCACUGUCUAUGGAAUGCGUCCGCUGGACUGCGUGGAGAAACAGUUGACAAAUAAUCGAAUAUAUUGGCUGAUCCAGCAGCAUGUAUUGCUUGUCGGUCCGGCCAUUGCUCUGCUGUACGAUACGUUACGUUUGGCGGAUUUUGUCAAUGAGCACGAGACCUUUCUAACGAAGAGCUUACACAGUUCGCUAAUGGAAGGGGUGCUCCGAAAUCUAAAGCCCUAUAUACUGUCCGGCAAAGUUAUUCAAAGCUCUCCAAAAAUACCGGACAUUUUGCAACAGCUACGGGCCACAGAAGACCCUGAGCUGCGAACAUUGCUCUUUUCCUAUUACAAUGAAACGCUGCCAGAUCGGAAACAGUCUGCUCGAUGUUCAGUUCCCGAGCUACUGCGGCGUUUUGCGAACUGCGUCGAAUAUACGCCACUGGAGGAGCUCAUCUACGUGGAACUGGAGCGACAGUUGGCUGCUCGUAGCUUGCUAUUCAAUGCUUUCAUUGUGCAUUUCAUGCGGGAGCAGAUCUAUUUGGGCGGUAAGCUAAGACUGAUUCGAAGUGUUUGCUUGUGUUUGGACAUAAACAUAUUUCGGGAGCAGUUUGAUCCGUUCUUCGAGCACUUAGACCAGCAUAAUUUUAAGAAAUCUUUGAAGCAACUGCACUACAUUAUUGCGGCUCACAACCCUAGGCUCUCAUAUAUCUUUGGAUUGGAGCUAGGAGAAUCGGAAAAGUGCGCCAAUACGCUGCACGUCCUGGAAAGAAUUACAUUGCACGUCAAGCGCGAUACUGCUCUAGCCUGCAUUGUGACAAAUUCCCAAGUAGCUGUCUAUAAUGCAGCUCUCCGUAUGAUGCUUCAGUAUUAUUGGGCCAUUUGGAAACUUUUGCAACUUCCCGUCGAACUCGGCGCUGGCAUCAUAUUGUGCUAUGCUAGCAAAUGUGCCAUUGAGGGGAUUCACAUCCUUCACAGCAACUUGAUGACGGCACUGCAUCAGUGGGACUUGCAUCCCGUGAAACGUGUGAUGGAGCAGGCUGCCAGAUGCUGCGAUACAGGCAUAAAACGCUGUGAAAGUCUCCAGCAACUGCAGCAUGUUCACUUAAACUACAUUAACUAUCUGGCAUCCAACUUCUUAUCCACCAGUGACAAUACGAGCUUCCAAAGUGGAUUGCCAGAGGUACUCCAGCUGGUCAUUAUGCUGACACAGCUGAGAUAUCGAGUACAGUACUUGAUGGUUGAUAAUUCCCGACCCUUCGAGCCCCAAAUCGUACCAGAUAAGUUUGAUCUGAAGUACGAUGAACUAGCGGAUGUCUAUUACAAGUCCAUCCGUCGCAUGUGUGUUGGAUUGCAUUGCAUCCUUCAGAUGACCUAG